CGUCAGAAACGCGGUAUACCUCGUUGGUGAGCGUCAGUCCGCUAGCUGCUGUGGCGUAGGUACUUCGGUGGUAUGAUGCCGCGGAGCUGAGCGAGGGAACCCACGGACUGCCGCAACUGUGUGUUAUUGUUAUUGUUUUUAUUGUUGUUGUUUGUUGUUGUGCUCGGCUCCAUGUGGAGGGCGGCUCCACAGCGUGUAAGUCGGCCUGCGAAUGAAAAUGGAAGUUCCCCGAUGAGGAAUUGUCGUGCUUCUGCAGACUGUCGUCUAUAGCCGAGGUUGCUCUAGGAACUUUGGGGUACAGUGGGGUAUUGUAGAUGAUCGACGCGUGAUCCGCUGGACGGUGUCAAGCGACGAGUUCAAUUCAACGGUGCGACGACGACACGCCAGCGAAGCAUGGUGAAUAUGGAAGCUUCAAACGAGCAACACACGGUAACGGCCUCGCCGCCACCGCCACGAGCUGCCCUGAAGAGCAACUUCAGUAUACGCAGCAUCUUACCCGAGGCCUGCGCGCCGUUACCGUCGGCCAGCGACUCGGUCUCCCCUGAAGCGAAUCAGGCGGACGACAGGGUUGACGACAGCGACGGCAGCAGCGACCUGGACGUGAUCGGCGGCGGCACCGAGACCCCACCGUUGGACUGCUCCAGGAACGCGACCUCGGUCAGCCCGACGAGUCAAAAGGACUCGAAGGAGCAGGCGGACGAUAAGAAGAAAUCGGAGAAAUCAGAGAAGCCGCCGUACAGCUACAACGCGCUCAUCAUGAUGGCGAUCCGCCAGAGCCCCGAGAAACGACUCACCUUGAACGGUAUUUACGAAUACAUAAUGCGUCACUUUCCCUAUUACGAGAACAACAAACAAGGCUGGCAGAAUUCGAUACGGCACAAUCUCUCAUUAAACAAAUGCUUCGUCAAAGUUCCCCGUCACUACGACGAUCCGGGCAAAGGUAACUAUUGGAUGCUGGACCCCAGCUCAGAAGAUGUGUUCAUCGGCGGUACGACCGGCAAGCUGCGACGCAGGACCACGGCGGCCUCGAGGUCUCGUCUGGCUGCCUACAAACGGUGCGCCGCGUUCAGCGGGCUUUAUCCGACGCCUUACGCAUCACCGGUCUGGCCAUCGACCAUCUAUACCUUGCCGUAUCUCCAUCGCCCGCCGUAUCAUUCGGCUACCGCCGCCUACACCACCCCCGCUGGAUACCCAGCCAGUUUAUUGCCCGGCGCGGCCACCACGUCGACCACUGGACUGCCGUGCAAGCCGCAACCUCUGCCGGCGACGGCGGCACCACCAGCGCAUGGCACCUUCUCCGUGGAGAGACUGCUGCACGGUCCUUCAGGCUACACCAGCAGUUUCCCCGGAGCCGCGAUAGCGCCGUCUUAUGAUUUUUACAACACCCUGAGGUCUAUCGCGGUGCAGCAGCAGCAGGCGGUGUUCAGUCAUCAGUCCAGGUAUCACCUCGGCCAGCCGCCAGUGUUAACCCAGUCCACGUCGAGCACAGCCUCGCCUGGAAGCAGCCCGGAGCCAAUGCCGACGCACUCGCCGCCGGUUAUGGUCAGCAAUUCCGUCCAGCCGACGAGACCCGCGCUGCCCCACAGCACGGCGCAGAUACUUUUAAAGCCCAUCACGGUCCUCACCGGCCGGCCAGGGCCGGGUUGAAGAGGGAACUCGAGGGAGCUCGAGGAAGUGUGACUCGGCUUCUCUUGGAGAGUGUAUUGUGGCAGCGUAGGGGGUUACCUUCAUCGGUAUCCCCGCCGGCACGAGGAGACGCAUACGCGCAGCGUUGGCGAAAAAGAGUACGUGUUUCUUAUUCUUCUAGCCGUGUCGCAACAUAUCCAAAGUCUAUCGGGAUCGGUGAGGAACACUUCCAUGCGUUCUCUUGUGUGAAAGAACACCUCGUUAAUUUAUUUCGACGGGCCAUCGGCAUAUGUUGGCCUGUCGUUCGUUCUUUCAUGGCUCCGUCUUUUGUGUCCUCCCUUCUCUGUACGCUUGUACAUGAGUGAGUAAUAUCGUACAUUUUACUUAGAACGUAAGCGAAGGAUCGCACGGAUUUACGUCGUCGGGAUUUGCCAUUAUUAUCCGUCCCGCUGUGCAUCGGUCCGCUGUCGCGUCGAUAUUCGCAUGUGGAGUGUCAUUUCUGUCUCUCUGCGAUCUUCUUGUAAAUAAUAAUCCUGAACGCUAUAUGGCUACAUCGUAAGUACCAGUUACGAGGGAAUGCGGUCGAGCAUCUCGAGCUCUACGAGUUCGUGCAACUAUUUUCGUCAAACGGCUACGUCACGCUUGACGACUUGGAUACGCGGAAAUAUUCGAUCGUCAUAUCAGCAUCAAUUCAAUCGUCAAUCCGCCGCGUUCCGCUAUCUUUCUGCCAAAUUCAACAAAAUUUACUGACAAAAGAAUGCAGCAUAAAAUUAGUUAAAUACAAAAAAAAAUAAUUUUUCCGCGUGCAUACGUGCAUCUCGCGUCGUGAGGGAGACGAUGUAGCGAUUAAAAGCAGACGAGAAAAAGGCCUUCCUCGGGAGUCACUUCUCGAGCAGGACCUUUUCGAAAAAUGGGGGUACCAAAGAAGCGUGUGAAUCUUUCCGCACGGAUCUAGAAUUCGUGGCACAAUUACGAUGUAAUUCUAUUGUCAACAUUGCGCUAUAUAUAUAUCACUAAUCAUUUUUUUGUUCCUUGUAUCGACUCGUUUCGGUGUGUGUGUGUGUGUGUGUGUGUGUGUGUGUGUGUGUGCGGAAUAUCUGGCAAUUAAUGACACGACACUCGUGCGCAGCCAGGUCGUAUCAAAUUGAACAGGAGAGUCCUCUGCCACGUUGUAAAUUCUGUAAUAGUUAUCGUGGAAGUAAUUAACAAGUAAUAGUAUAGUCAUAGAGUAAAAACGAAGAUAGCACUUAACGCAACUUAACGCAGAACAAAAAAGGUAUAUAAAUAAAAAAUGAUACAUAAAAAGAUAAAAAAUCAAAAAAUAACAAACGUGUAAAAAAAGAGUAGUUAAGGACACAAGUAGAGGACUUUCCGAUUCAGUUCGAUACGACUUGCCUGAAAACAAGUGCCGUAUCAACAAUCGCCAGAAACUAUACAUUUAUUCAUCGCCGCGUAUUAUUUUUACUGUUAACCUUUGCAUGGAUUAGGAUUAGAUAGGAUUAAGACAAGAUAUUCAGUACAGAUUUUAACGAGCGACAUACUAUUAUUUCACUUCUGAAGGCAGGGAGCCUUUUUAUGAAGCAACAUGUGUAAAAACAUCUGUAAAUAUGUAAAUUUAAGGAGGGAUGUAAAAAUCUAGAAGAAGUGAAACGAGCAAAGUGAUCGCGAUUGUGACUCACGCAAGAAAGCACAUACGGUUGAAGAUUAUAGCGGGCGUGGACUACUGAUGGGUCUUAUAUUUAUUAUCGAUGAUGAUAAUGUAACAAUAAGCAAUAGUAUUGGUGCAACAACGUGCGGUGUGGCAUAUUCGUGAAGACACAGGCUGAUACUUUCUCCCGGGUUUGUGUGUGUGUUAACGAUCAGAGUCAAAUUUAUUUACAUCAUUCUAGAAAUAUCUGAGUCAAUUUUUCUGGCCGUCGAUAACGUCGAUGAUUUUAGCAAUUUAACCUCUACGUUACAAAUGAAUUGAUUUUAUGAGAGAGAUCGCUUCCAGGAAAACGUAAGCCGGGACGAGGUGUGCAAUUCGUGUCUUUAUUGCGCUGAACGUUGUUAUACGUUAAUAAUUAUCUUACAUCAGUAUGCAUUAUAUUAUAAUCCCGAUAAUAAAUCAAUAGGUCUACAGUCACCCGCGACCGCUAAACGCUUUAACAAUUUAGCUCUCCGAGUGAGCCUUGAGAUUGUGAUCCUUUGUGAUAUACGCAGUUGUUUCCUUCGAAACAACUGCACUAGCGUGUUUGUAAAUACCUAGGUAGUUCAAUAACAUUGUAAUUCUUGAUCUCCUAUCGAUAGUGUAAUAGCAUGUACAGAUAUAUCGUUGGAAUGUUCAUCAGUCGGAUUUAUAUUGUUGCGUCCCCGCGUUCUCGAGGACGAAAAUCAUUUCGAGAGUUUAUGUCUACCGUAGGUCUUGGUGUGAACGUGGCGUCCAGCGUUGGGCAAAAAAAAAAAAAAACAAGAAAAACGUCGUAUACAUCCUGAGUUGACUUACGUAUAUAACUUACGUAUAUAAAUUACUAUGUUAAAUUAUUAUGUAAUUAAAUAGCUUUUGGCUAUUUAAAAGAGAAGGAAACAGUUCAGAAACACAUGUGAACAUUUAUACAGAGCGGUACUGUAAGUAUCGUCAGGAUACAAAGAGUUAGAAACAACAGCUGAAAAGAGAAAUCGCACACUCAGAGUCGAGCUGUGAAGUGUGGCGAAUCCGAGACUACGAGAUUCCGAUUAUCUUUAACAUGCUGUAAAUAUAAGCUUAUUAAACGUUUGAGUCUCUUUUAUAAGAAAAAAAACGUGUGUACUUUUAUUCCCAGACGUGUGUGCGUGCGCGAGCGAGCGCAACAAUAUAUAGCCGGAUAUAUAGUUUGCAAAAUCAUUACGUGACUUGUUGUUACAGUCGAUAAAGAUACGAUAAAUAAUGUAUUAUAUAUACAUACGAGUACAUAUACAUGCGCGUACCGUGUCUCCGCGUGUCGGAUAAACGCUCCGGAAAGGCAUGUGUAUAAAGACAACGUCGAAAUAAAUGUGCGAACUUUUUUUUAAACAA